AUGAACCUCGAACAGGCGCUGGAUCCCGCGUCAACGACACCAAGCAAUGAAAAACCGAUGGAAUCUCCUCUAUGCAGAAGAUCCCAUUUAGAACAAUUCGUGGACUAUUGCCUCGACAACGCAGCUUUGGCCUUCGACCUCAGUUCCAUCUCACAUCUCGGUCUUCAAGGCCCAAACGACUGGGGCACCAACCACCUCUCACGGCUCUUCCCAUUAUUUUGGACCACCUUAACUUCACUAGACCUCUGCUGCGACAGCAUGGAAGAAGACACCAACAAGUUGUCCAGGGUCAUCUUCAUCGUUCAUGUGGACACGCAGGCAUCAGAUUUCGAAGAAUUUAGGAAGGAGAUCGUGGCACAGGAGAAGCAUUAG